AUGGAUAUCAAAGGCUACGCUUUCGUGACUGGUGAAGCAAGCGGAAUCGGUAGAGCAUUCUGCUUGGCCUUUGCUAAGGAGGGUGCCCGUGGCGUGAUCGUCGCUGAUCUGAACGCGGAGGGGUCCAAGGAGACUGUUGCCCAGGCAAAGGCUGUUGCCACCAACCCAGACUUCCAGCUUUUUGGCCGAAUUCACUAUGCAGUCCACUCUGCCGGUAUCCCCGGAGGCACCUUUGAUCCUAUUUCGGAAGCAAACUUCGCCGAUUUCAAGCACUUGCUUGAGGGUCACGUUCAUGGAACAUUCCUCGUCAAUAGCUAUGUGUCCGCCGCGAUGAAGAAACAGGAGCUUGAACAGGCGAGUCCGACUGAUGCGCUACGAGGCAAGACUCGUGGAUCCAUCGUGAACAUUUCCUCGGUAUCUUCCUUUAUCGCUGUUCCCAAUAUGGUGCAGUAUACUACUUGCAAGCAUGCGAUGAUCGGCAUUACCAAGACCGCCGCACUCGAUAACGCCUCUCUUAAUAUCAGAGUCAACUGUAUCUGCCCGACUUGGACAGAUACUCCCAAGACUCGGCGAGCAACGGAGGUGGCUCCAGGUCUGGAGGAGGCACUCUUGGCCACUAUCCCAAUGGGUCGACUGGGAAGACCAGAGGAGGCCGCUGACGCUUCCGUUUUCUUGUGCAGUUCAAAAUCUAGCUUCACCACUGGAACGUCACUCAGCCUGGACGGCGGAAUGACUUUGGGUUCCAAGGCCUAG